AUGCCGGUAUGCAGUGCUCUCCACUUUGAUCGGCGGAAAAAGUGCGAUCGCUCUCGACCAGGACUAAGUUGCAAUUUCUGCAUCAAGAGAGGCCUCGACUGUGUUGGAGUCACAGACGACCCUGCCCCCGACACUUUGGAAAAACAUUACGAGUCACUUGGAAACCAGACAGAAGAUGGCCGUCCUCGUCGUGUCUCGUCACUAGUCGUGCCUGACGCCGCUCUGGCCGAGGAGUUGGCGAGUCUCUAUUUUCGGUACAUGCACAUCACGUUUCAUAACAUCUUCCAUCGCGCAACGUUCAUGGCUCAGAUAAAAGACUCUUCUAUCCCAAAAAUUCUGUUCUUUGGUGUGGCAGGUCUGUCGGCGCGCUAUUCGACACAUCCCAUCUUUACGUCCAUUACGCCGUGGGACAGAGGACGGCCAUAUCGAGAUGAAACAAAUGCAUCUGUCGAGGGAGAUUCUAGGACCGAGUCGGUAUAUCACGCAAUUGCUUCUCGGAUGGCCAUGCUGUUAGACCUUCCAAACCUACCAACCGAGUCUCUUCUGGAGCAGGAAAUCAAUAGGAGAGUAUGGUGGUCUCUCAUUACAACUGAGACAUGGUCAAGCGCAACUCAAUCUCUUCCCAGGUUUAUAAAACCACGAAACACCAUCCCGCUGCCCAUGGAUGAGCGUCAAUUUGCCUCAUUGAGCUAUGAUUUAUCAACGACGUCGCCUAACUCGUCGCUUUGCGCAUCACCUACUUGCACCUUCGAUCCUCAGUCUUUAGUCGCCCAGAUGAUCCGGCUUAACCUCUUACUUUACGAUAUCAUUGUAUUUCUCAACUCACGAGUAGUGGAUGAACAGGAGGAUCAUCCGAUGAGUGUAGAAUUCGAUCAUCGACUUCGACAUGCCCUUGAUGAGUGGGCCGACAACCUACCUCCAAGACUUCGUUAUUCCGAGGAAAAUGUGAUAUACUGGGCUGAGGAGGGCUUCAGUGCUAUUUUUAUAACACUGCAUAUCAAUUAUAAUCACGCCGGCCAACUCUUAUUCUACCAGCACCUUCAAUCUGCUCAAGAACAGGACCAAGACGACAAUGCUACACAAGGAUUUGCCCAGCGAUGUAAACAGCACGCAACAAACUUGUGUGAUCUCAUCUACGAAGCGAAACGGCGACCAGACACGGCUGUUUUGUAUCCGCUUGCUGGCCAUAUUCUAUGCCUUGCCUCUACGGUUCAGAUCCAUACACUUCUUUUUGGAAUAGACGACGACGAGAUCCUCGCUGCUAAGACACGGUUGGAAAGAAACUUUGAGAUGAUUUCAUCAAUGAAUAACUAUUGGCCAAUGAAUCAUAUGUCGAUCAGCCGGCUACAGCAUUUCCAUAAUGCCUGUCUCCGGAGCAAGGAUGACUCAUUUCGUUUAGACGCUUGGAUGAUUCGAUUUUUAUUGGGCUUUACCCAGGACAUCAACGAUAGGGAUGCAAUUUGGACGUAUGGCCAUCGCGCGCUGGAUGAGUUUGACCCACUGAGGGAUCUCUUGGAUAUUUGA